GCCAGGCAAGCGCUGUACGGCCUCUGCAAAGACCCUGCUCUGGAGGGCGAGUCUGGUUUGAGCGGGCAAGUUCUGCCUGGUCUUCUGGUGGUGCACGGCUCUCACGCUCGUCUGAACAACAUCGACAGCUCUGGUCGAUUUCUGCGAGACGAGACGCUUGAGUUCUCUGGCAAGGUGAUCUGCCGCAAAGCAGGCUCUUCUGCUGGCAAUCUGCUCCGUGGCUGGAGGCAGGCUCGGGACAAGGAUCCUUCUCUGUUUCGCCAGAUCAGUCUGAUGAGCCAGCCCUCUGCGAAUGUGGAUGGCAUCAUCUUCGCGGAGCUGGCUGCUCUGGCACCUGCCUCUGUCCAUGUCCGCGACUGCUUCGCGGCGGCCUGGUCUGUCUCUGGGGCAGAGUCUCUGUUCUACUCGCAGAGUCUGCAGACGGUCAUUGGACCGAAACUGACUGCGAGUCUGCAACUGACUGACACAGACUAUGCCAGAUCUUUCAAAAGUCUGGCAAGGUCUGCCAUGGACGACCUGAGGCAUGCCGGUCAGACUGCUCUGCUGGCAGCUGGCGGGAAGGAGUUCUGGCGAGCGAGCCAUCUGGACAUGGCGACGGCUGUGGUGCAAGCUCAGACGAAGAUGUCUGAGAGACAGGCCUCCAAAGACUGGAUCGUGUCUGGUCUUCGCCGCAACGGUCUGCUGGCUUACAGACCGGACUUCUCCAAGCAGACUCUGGUGCCUCUGAAAGACGAAGACUGCUGCGGCGCCUCCAUGGGUUCUGCAAGGACGAAGCCAGCCUGGCUGAAGGACCGCUACUCCUGGCUGGAUGCAUCUGGCAUUCCAGCCCAGCCGGACUGGUCUGCUCUGCACGGAGCCAAAGUCGUGGCGGAUCUGGUGGAAUGGAGCUACCACCAGUCGGACUCGCAGGACGAGGCUCUGGAAAGCCAGGUCUCCGAGGCCCUUCUGAACGUGCACGAGAUGCCACUGGAUCUGCAGCUCCCCUGCAUCGAAUCUGGCGUCCUGACACUUUCUCUGGACCUGCAACGUGCAGCCUGGCAGAAGCAGCUCUCUGCGGACAAAGACAUUCUGCAGAAGAAAGCUGUCAAGCGAGACGUGAAGCAGAUGAUCACUCUGGCCAAGCGGAAGCUUCGAGGAAAGCUUCUGGAAGCCAUGAGGCAUCGUCUGACACAGAUGUCCCGACAGCAAGCUUUGCAACGUCUGGUGUCGAGAGCCUCUGAGAAGAAGCCCUCUGUCGUGAAGAAGGCCGUUUUGAAGCAGAAGAAAAAGACGGCCCUGGCCCACGCUGCGAAGGCCCUGGCGAAGGCCAAGGCUCUGGACGACAAGCCCUCCGGCGACUCUGCUUUGGUGCCUGGCCCUGCUCCUGCUGACCCCGUCUCUGAGAAGGCCUCUGAGCUGAAGGAGGCAACGAAGGGCCCUCUCUACGGCCGAGUCUGCAGGAUUCUGCGAGAGCACCACACCUGUGGCAAGUCUGGCAAGUGCUCUAUGCACAACCUUCUGACGAACCAGGUGUCUCUGCUUGGUGUAGGGGAUGGCUGUGCCACCGUGAUCCUCUCUGACAAGGAGGUCUGCGAGGCUUCUGGUGGGUUCUUUGCUCCACAGCCUGUGGAACUGCUGAAGUUCAAGAAGUCUUACCCGCAGAUGCUUCUGGACCAGCAUCUUCGGUACGGCUGGGAACUUCUGCGGUACAAUCUGAGCGACUCCGACGAGAACUGGUUCCUGGAGAACAAGAUCUGCAUGGUGGACCCGAAGCUCUCUGGGCAGCUCCUCGCCGAAGACCACGACCGCCCCGAGCUUCUGCAGACUGCUCUGGACAGACUUCGUUCUGAGAACAAGCUGCUGUUCGUGCCUGUCUGGGGGCACUCGCCGAACCACUGGACCCUUCUGGUCCUGCAGCGGGAAGACCUCUCGGAAAGCUUCUCUGUGAAGUACCUGGACAGCCUGUCUGAGAAGCACGAGGAGUGCUCUGUGAACGCUGCCAGGCUUCUGUCUCUGCUUCUGCCGGCAGAGACUCUGCCAGAGAGAAGCUCCUCUGGCACCCAGAAGUCUGACGAGUGCGGCUUCUGGGUUCUGGCCAACAUGCUCUCGAUCUGCUCGGGCCUGCUUCUGGAAGGACCCUGUGCUCGUGGGUCUCGCGGGAAGCUGGUUCUGGAGCUCAUGUCUGAGCUGAAAGGCUUUCUGGCGCAGCUGUCUGGCGAGCAGUCUAAGCUGGACAAGGAGCUUCUGGGCAAGGAGAAGGAUCUGGAGAAGACUCUGAAGGCCAACCGGAUCCUGAGAAGCUGGCUGCGAAGUCUGGCAAGGACGCUGCCUCUGUUCUCAAGCUUCAGAAUCUGA